AUGGCCGAAAUCACUCCAAUCAUGUCCGACUCUGGCAGUUCCUCUAUCUCUCUACCCUCAAAUACUUUUGAUGUUCAUACAAACCAACGAUUAUGUUCGGUGUUGUUGAAUGAGUUCAAUUAUCUUCCUUGGUCAAGAUCUUUUCAAUUAGCUCUUGGUGGGAGAUCAAAACUUGAGUUUAUUGAUAAAAGUAUUGUUGUUCCUGAUGUCAAUUCUACUCAGUAUAAAUCUUGGAUUGCCCAAGAUAAGAUGGUGCAGACAUGGCUACUUAAUUCUAUGGAAUUACAUGUUGCUGAAAUUUUCAGUUACUAUGAAUCUUUUGCAGAUUUAUGGGAUGCUGUUAAGGAGAUGUAUGGAAAUCAAAAUAAUGCGGCACGAGUUUUUCAACUCAAGAGAGACAUUGCAUGUCUUCAACAGGAAGGUAAAUCAUUUGUUCAAUUUCUUGGUAGCAUGAAAAGUAUAUGGAAUGAGUUGUCUGUUUAUCGUCCACACACUACUGAUUCUGCUGCCAUGCAUAUUGCCUCCAAUCCGGUCUUUCAUGAGAGAACCAAACAUAUUGAAGUCGACUGUCAUUACGUUCGUGAACAAGUUCAAUCUCAGUUAAUCUCUACCAAAUAUACUCGAAGUCAAGACCAACUCGCGGACAUGUUCACUAAGGCUCUUUCGUCAGCUCAAUUUCAUUGGUUACUUUCCAAGCUUGGAUCAAUCAAUAUUCUUGCUCCAGCUUGA